UCGUCGAUUGUCGUCAGUCAAAGUAAACAUUUGAACGCUUCAUCUUCAGUCUGUUUUUGAGAUUCAGUUCCAAAUAACAAUUUUGAAUACUUGCGUGGUGUUUUGAUUACAAAGAAAAAAACUAAAAUGUCGUUACUUCCAUUCUUGUUGGAUUACGAAUUCGAACGUCCUCGUCGUCUGUUGGACCAACACUUCGGUUUAGGACUUACACCUGAGGAUUUUCUGACUGCCGUUGGCGGGCCGUUGAUCAGCAGGGAGUAUUACCGACCAUGGCGGCACCUGGCUGCGGCAGCUCGCGACCUCGGCUCUAGCAUCAAGUCGGACAAGGACAAAUUUCAAGUUAACCUUGACGUCCAGCAUUUCGCUCCUGAUGAGAUUUCUGUGAAGACAGCCGAUGGUUACAUAGUGGUGGAGGGAAAGCACGAGGAGAAAAAGGACCAGCACGGCUAUGUUUCUCGCCAAUUUACCCGCCGGUACGCAUUACCUGAAGGUUGUAUCCCCGAAAAUGUUGAAUCUCGUCUGUCAUCCGAUGGUGUACUAACCGUGGUGGCCCCGAGAAAAGUGCCCAAGGCUGUGGAAGGCGAGAGGAAGGUCCCUAUCACUCACACGGGGCCGGUGCGCAAGGAAAUCAAGGAUCAGGCAAACGGCGAUAACGCAGAAAAGUAACCUUUGCGUUAGGUAUGUUAAGGUACCCUCGAUUUAUUUUGUUUCCCACCUGAUAUUUGUCUCUUGUAAGACUGAUUUUAGGUUAAUAAAUUAUUCUUAAGACA